GGGGAGACCGGAGGAGGCGUCGCCAUCAUGUUUUCCUUCAACAUGUUUGACCAUCCGAUUCCCCGCGUUUUCCAGAACCGCUUCUCCACCCAAUACCGCUGUUUCUCCGUCUCCAUGCUCGCUGGCCCUAAUGACCGAUCGGAUGUGGAGAAGGGUGGAAAAAUAAUUAUGCCACCUUCUGCUUUGGAUCAACUCAGUCGGCUUAAUAUCACCUACCCGAUGUUGUUUAAACUGACGAAUAAAAAUUCAGACCGGAUGACUCAUUGUGGUGUGUUGGAAUUUGUGGCUGAUGAAGGCAUUUGUUAUCUUCCACAUUGGAUGAUGCAGAACCUUCUCCUGGAGGAAGGGGGCCUGGUGCAAGUGGAAAGUGUCAACCUCCAAGUAGCCACUUACUCCAAAUUUCAGCCACAGAGUCCUGAUUUUCUCGACAUCACCAACCCCAAAGCUGUAUUGGAAAACGCACUCAGAAAUUUUGCGUGCCUCACCACAGGAGAUGUCAUCGCCAUCAACUACAAUGAGAAGAUCUAUGAACUUCGAGUCAUGGAGACCAAGCCAGACAAAGCAGUGUCCAUCAUUGAAUGUGACAUGAAUGUAGACUUCGAUGCACCUUUGGGUUACAAAGAGCCCGAGAGACAGGCGCCUCACGAGGAGUCUGCCGAUGUUGAAGCAGACCACAGCGGUUAUGUGAGCGAUCUGGGAUUCCGUGCCUUUUCUGGAUCUGGGAACAGGUUGGAUGGAAAAAAGAAAGGCGUUGAGCCAAGUCCUUCUCCAAUUAAACCAGGAGAUAUUCGACGGGGCAUUCCGAAUUACGACUUCAAAAUUGGCAAGAUCACAUUCAUUAGAAAUUCCCGGCCGCUGGUCAAAAAAAUUGAAGAGGAUGAUGCUGGUACUCGCUUUAUUGCGUUCUCCGGAGAAGGUCAGUCCCUUCGCAAGAAAGGCAGGAAACCCUGAACUCUGCAGUCGGAAGACAAUAAAAUAAUCCUAUAUACUAGC